AUGGCGCCAAACCGAACACUCGUUGAAGAGACUCUUACGGACGACAUUCGUCUGGCCUCAGAAGCAUACGCCACGUUCCAGGAUAUCACUCAAAUUUUGAGAAGUGCUGAGCGAGACAAUUCACUGAAGGUUUUCUACUUCAAUCUCAGGGCUUAUUGUUUCAUGAUACGAAGCCACUUGGACCGAAUCAGCCAGGCAGUCAUCAGAACCGAUCAUGAACACAUUCGGCAGGCUUUGGGCCUUCUGGAGUCAACAAUCGUACUCGACUCCUCAAGUGCCAAGUUCUCGACUGGCGCAAGGCUACGUGCAUUUAUGGGUCAUUGGAACAGUGGCAGUCUCGACGACAAAAGCGUGAGCCUUCAACUCGUACGAUCGAACUUAGACUUCGGCAAGACUGCCGGGGAGCGCGAUGGCUUUCUCCUGUUGCUUGCCGCGUUCGAGGAGGAACUCGGAGCACGUUGGCCUGAGCAGACCACGUCGUGGACAGCAGAGGAGUUCGUUCCCCCCAAAAACACGAAAAUAAGCGAGCCGUCAUACGCAGUCUGGGAGGCCGCUCAAUCGAUGUUCAACGCUCUGGUGUCUUGUGGGCACUGCCCGUGCGAGCCCGCUCAUGAGUUUGGAGCCCGGCUCUGUUUGGGAACCUACCGACGACCGCUCAAAACCGAAUGCGAAAUGGCCGUCGACUCGGAACAUGGAUUUGAUAUGUUUCUUUCGAUGAAGCAUGACUGGCACGAAGCCCGAGUUCAUAUGGCCAAGGAGCAAGUUGUUCGAUUUGAUGAUGGACCACGUCAACCUCAGCAGAGAGCGAGACGACCCAAGGUCCAGCCAUUGAAGGUGAAGAGCCUUUGCGAGCCAAUCACCAAGAUCAACGACAUGAAGGCGUACCGACUUGAACUGAAAGUAAUGCGGGAGAAGCUUUUUAGACUGAAGCCGGAGAGAAAGAGGAUCGCGAUCUUUCACGGAAAGGACAAGACGAAUCCUAGCCGUGAUUCUAAGCUCAGCUGUCCUACACUUGCACGACACACCAUGGCUCAAAUCCACAUGGAGCUCGUCAGAUGCAUAGAUGAUCUCAACGAAGACGAUUUCGACCCCGAUGAUCUGGAUGGGUUGAUACAACAUCACUGCCCAACCCUUGUAACUUUGGCGAUCAUGCUAAUGGAGGUUUACUUCGUCACCCCAUUUGACGUCCUGGCAAGAAAUCUCGGCGUGAUGUUGGAAGAAGGCGACGAGCAAGCGACCGACACCAGGUACAUCAACGCAGACCUGGUAUUCCAAGCAUGCAGAGGCGAGAUCCCCGAAGAUACUCAAUUCUACCAUGCAGUUGAAAAGUGUCUGGACCCGGAGAUCUGGGAGGACGAGAACGGCGAUAAGCUGGACAGUGAGACGCUGAGGAGCAGGAUAUACGAGGAGGUAGUCCGACCACUCGAAAUCGAGUUGAGCCAGGCAUACAGCUCCAUAUCAAUCGAAGAUCUUGACCGGUUUGCGCAAAGCCUGGACUUUGCGAGUUGGGACCAAAGUAUUCAGAACUUCGGCCAGCAGACUGCCCCGGACACGUCUGUUGACGAACAUACUCACGAACAGACCAACACGCCAUCUCCGGGAGUGAUGUACCCUUUCCGGACGCCAGAUCUCCCCGAUCCUCGAUCUCACCUCUACAGCCCAGGGCCACCCGACUGGCCUCAUCAGUAUGGGAGACACGGCUUUGCAUCCCCCUUCAAUCUUUCACCUUACAGCCCGCCAAUGGAGAGUGCCUAUCAGUCUUUCAAAUUCUUCGACGACGAAACAAUCCCGUGGUCUUCGGCUGAUAAGGCACACACUCGCUACGUAACGUGGAAGUCCGGCUACAGGGAGGUCUACGACAAGUUCAUCCCCAGCGAGCUUGCCACCUUACCAGUCAGAGUCGCAGUACUAGACACCGGCAUCGAUUUGACGCAUCCUGACGUGGAAGCCCGCAUUGAAAACAUCAAGGGAACUUACAACUGGCUUGCCGAGAAACAUAAAAAGAAGGUACACGACCGCAAUGGUCAUGGUACCUUCACUGCGUGCCUCAUACUCGAUUACGCACCUGAUGCAGAGUUAUACGUAGCCAAAAUUGCAGAGAAAGACCCUUCAAAUCCGACCACCAUCGCCAAAGCAAUCAACCACGCGGUCACCGAAUGGAAGGUGGACAUUAUAUCCAUGUCCUUCGGGUUCCCAGACCGGGACAUCGAAGGCUAUGUUGACCUAGAAAACGCCCUCGGGAGAGCCUAUGCAAACAACGUCGUUCUCCUAGCUGCUGCCUCAAAUAGCGGAGGCAAACUUGGCCGGUCUUUCCCAGCCCGCGAGCCGACAGUCAUUGCUGUACACGCAACCGACACUGACGGUAACCGGUCCAAGUUCAGCCCAACUGCCGCGGACUUCGACAUCAACCUAGCCACGGUCGGAGAGGCAGUCGAGUCAGCAUGGCCCGUUGUGCUGUGCGAUGAUGAUACCGACUAUGUCAGACUGAAAUCUGGCACGUCUUACGCAACCCCCAUCAUGGCGGGUAUCACGGCUUUUCUGAUGCUGUAUGCAAGGGUACAUCUUCCUGAGCAGGCACAUUAUGUGAAGAAGCAAAAGGCCGUGAAGGCCUUAUUGAGGAGACUAGCGGAAAAGGGACCAGGGUACAAGUCCCGAGAUGAUUAUCAUUUCGUCAACUUAAGCCUGUACUCGGACAAUCUGUUUGGGAAAGGGAAGGACUUCAUCGAUGAAACCAUUAAGGACAUCCUUAGAAGUACAUAA